GGGGCGGAGAAGCGGAAGCGCUGGGCAUUCCGAGGCGGCGGAGGCCUCCGGUUCCUUUCCCGUUUCCCUCCCGGACUCCGAGCUCGGACCCCCGCAGGCCCGGGACCCUCCGCGGAGCGGCCCUUAUGAGUGUGUCCCUGGUGGUCCUUCGCUUGGAGCUGGCCGAGUCUUCGCCCGUGCCGGGCGGCUUCUCUUACAGCGCUGCCGCUACUGAGAUGUCUGAUGAGGGGAGGCCGGAGACGUCGCUGGCCGCCUCUGCGGUGACCUUGGAGGGCAAGGUGCCCGUGGAGAGGGCGACCAUCAUCCACCAACACCUCGGCCGGCGGGAGAUGACAGAUGUGAUCAUUGAGACGAUAAAGCCCGAUCCAGAUGAGGUGAAAGAGAUGAUGGACAAAGUUGGCGCAGCCGAGGCCUCCUCCACUGAGGAUCACCAUAAUCGGGAUGGCCAAAGUGGAAGCAGUGGGACCACACCGGAUUCUCCGUCAAAGCAGCUCCCUGAUCAGAUUUCCUUCUUCAGUGGGAAUCCUUCGGUUGAAAUAGCUCACGGCAUCAUGCACCUCUACAAGACAAAGUAAGAAAGCAGGACUCACCUUAAAUGCUUUAAGGCCGGGCUCUCCAAACUUGGCAACUUUAAGACUUGGGGACUUCAAUUCCUAAAAUUCCCCACCUCUGGGAAUUGAAGUUCACAAGUCUUUAAAGUUGUCAGGUUUCGAGACCCCUCUUCUUUAAAGGAUCUGGAAAGCUGCCAUCGCGAUGAAAUUCCUCUUCCUCUGAGAAGGAAGGGCUGCGGCCGAAGGAGAAUUCUUGGAGGUGAAGCCACAAAACUGCGGUAGACUAAAGUGCGCUCGACAAAAGCGCGUACCUGACGUCAUC